AUGUCACGAACAUACGCAACUCCCGCUGCAAUCAUUACGAUCUCUAUCCUCUUCCCUGUCUUGGGUACUUUAACAGUGAUCCUUCGCUUCUAUACCAGAAGAAAGACAAAAUCUGUGUUGUGGAUUGACGACUGGUUGACGCUGCCCGCACUGGGACUGGAAUAUGUUCUCGCCGCCCUGCUGCUCUGGGGAACAACAACAGGAUCCUUAGGGGGCCUUCUUCCCCAACCCGAUGACCCACGCCCAGAUGCUUACAUUUUCUCAAACUCUGACCAACAGAUCAGACUCUUACAGAUCCAAUAUGUCGCUGACAUAGUGACUGUCUGGGCAUUUGGUUUUACGAAACUCAGCAUUCUCUACUUCUACCGCAGCAUUUUCUGCAGUAGACGGACCAUUCGGACUGCCUUCCACUCUGUGACCAUGUGCAUGACUGUGCUAGUCUCGGUGUGGACUGUAGCCUUUGGAGUUGGUACAAUCUUUAUCUGCGGUGCCCAUCCCGUGAACGCCUGGGGGACUAUUGCAGUUGUUACAACCGAAUGCACUGUACAGGUCCCGAUCGUCGAGGGAUAUGCAAUUUCUGAUUUUAUCAUGGACGUGAUUAUAUGGCUGCUACCACUGCCACGGAUAUGGUUGUUGAACAUCUCCGUUCGCCAAAAGAUGGCACUUGGGCUAGUCUUUCUCGUUGGUCUCUUGGCAAUCGCAGCUUCUGCGACACGGAUGGCUAUCUACAUCGCUCAUCAUAUCAACCCCUUUGCUCAAUCAGAUGGAGAAAAAUGCGGUCUCGGUGUCAUCGUUAUCUGCCUCCCUUCUCUGCGGCCAAUGUAUAAAAAACGCGAGUUGAAUUCUCUAAUCAACAGUUUCAAAAGAUACCUAUACCGAAUUCCCACGUCGACAACAUCGAGCGCUUUACGAAACAACAGCCUAAACGGCUUGACAAAUUCAAACUCGUCUAAUGUGAACCUUGUUAGACCAUGGCACCCCGGGCCAACAACGUCUCCUGCUGUUGGGCACAAUGCUUCGAUGGCCCAACAUCCGUCAAACACAGAGCAAAGAAUUCAGGUCACGAGGGAGAUAGAACUAAUAAGGCUAGACUCGAGCUAA